AAAAAAAAUAUCUUUUGUUGUACUUUGUACAACGCUAGCACUGAAAUUCAAGCGUACUGAACGGAAGUACAGGCUAUUGCCUGAAGCAAAUUCAGCUCCACCAGAAUGCAUUCUACAGAAGAAAAUGGACAGAUCAUGGCUAACAUCACGGCAAGUCAGCCCUGUUUCAAGAGCAUUCGCCUAGAUCUGUGUUUGAAUUGCACGUGUGUUGACGCUGUCACAAAGAAAUCCAUCUGCUGUGAUAGCCCGGGGACAUUCAGUGAAGUGGCGCCCCAUCUUCCAAUCCAAAAGGACGAGAUAGACCUGGACUGCGUGUUAAACAUUGCCUCUGUGUUUAGCUUCAUGGUACUCUUUCUUUGUUUGAUCGUCUGCACUGCAUGCAGAAAUUCAGAUACCAAAAAUAAAAGACCCUCGCUGCUCAAGUCGCCCUCCAGGACGCAGACGUCUGUGGUGCUGGAGGAAGAGGACGAACUCUUUUACAAACCAAACUUCACCGAGCCUCCCGUGGAACAGUUCAGCGAAGAGAUACCUCAGUACCUGAACUACUCUUCACCAUCGGAGGGCGCGCAAUCAACGACAAACCCGAAGCAGAAGCAAUCAUAUUCAGACGAUAAUUCUAUAUUCUAGAGAAACUGGAGAGAAAUAUAUAUGUUAGAGAGAGAUUGGAGAAAUAGAGGCUAGAGAAAUAGAGGUUAACGAAAUAGAUAUUAGAGAAAUAGAGAUUA